AUGGCAACCCCACAGUCCAAUCUCCCCCCCGGUUUCAGGUUCCACCCUACUGACGCAGAACUCAUUCUUCACUACCUUAGGAAAAAGAUUGCUUCUAUUCCUUUACCUGUUUCCAUCAUUGCUGAAGUUGAUAUUUACAAAUUAGAUCCAUGGCAAUUACCAGCUAAGGCUUUGUUUGGUGAGAAAGAAUGGUACUUUUUCAGUCCUAGAGAUAGAAAGUACCCAAAUGGUGCAAGGCCAAACAGGGCAGCUGCUUCAGGGUAUUGGAAAGCCACUGGAACUGAUAAGACAAUAGUUGCAUCAUUGCCAUCUGGAGGAAGAUCACAAGAGAAUAUUAUUGGUGUCAAAAAGGCACUUGUUUUCUACAAAGGAAAACCUCCAAAGGGUAUUAAAACUAAUUGGAUUAUGCAUGAGUAUCGUUUGGUUGAUAAUAAUAAACCAAUUAAACUCAAAGAUUCUUCCAUGAGGUUGGAUGAUUGGGUAUUAUGUAGAAUUUACAAGAAAUCAAAAUGCGCGAUAACUUCAACCGAAUCCGAUACAAUGAUAGGCGAAGUCGAACAUGCGGACGAGGCGCAAUACAAAGAAACUCAUUUCCCAAUCACAAAGAACACAACAUCUCCUCAUCAAAACACACUCAUGUCACAAAAAUCAGUUUCUUUCUCAAACCUAUUAGAUGCUAUGGACUACUCCAUGCUAAGCAGUUUCUUAUCUGAAAACAACCAUUCCAACAAUCCAUCAGGAAUUGGAUCAAGUUCAAGCUUCAACAACACUGAAAACUUUAAUCAACAACAACAACAAUCUUCCCAAAACAACAAUUUCAUGUCACAAAACAAGAACCCUUUAAAGCACCAGCUUUCAAACAUUGAUGAAGACAACAACAUGUUAGUGUACCCAUCAAAGAAAUACUUGAGUUCCUCAUGCAAUUUCUCUAACAUCAAUACACAGUAUGAAAGCUACCUCACGAAGCAAUCUUUGAUGAAUCAACAAUUGGUUUUAGGUCCUCAUCAUCAAUAUCAAGGAUAA